UGCGCUGUUCAACUGUAUCGCGAAUAUAUACGUGAAGAAAAAAAGUCAGAACCGAAAUGCGUCGUUGCAGAACAGAAACGGAACCGGAGCCGUGGAUUGAGCAGCUUAUUCAGAACUAUGGUAAAAGCCCACGGGAGAUCAGCGUGAGAGCUCAUGUAGUGGGGGUGAGUGAUUUAAGUGAGUCACAGCACACAGAUGAGAACAAUGCCUGUAUGCUGUUUCUUUCUGAUGGAACUGUGUUCAUCCCUGCGGUGCUCAGCACUGCCGCCUGGGAGCGACUACAAGAAUUAGAAGAAAGAGAGACAUUUUCGGGUCUGGACAACACAACAGUGUCUCUACGAAAAUUUCAUCUUAGCUUUCACAUGGACACUGAACUGACUUCUUGUCAAUUUUACCUCAGUGUCAAUCAAAUCAUCACUGUGGGCCGAGUCACCAGGCAUCACCGUCCCCCUAGCUGCACAAUGCUUCCAUCAGUUAGGCACCACAUCCUGAAAACAUGGCGAUCCCUAAUAAAGGAGUGUUCUGUUAGUUCUUUGAACUCACAGUCAGGAUUCCCACUUUCCUGUCUAAUGGGGGCAUGGCACAAUGACAUCAUCAUGGAACUUCUGAAUGAUGCAAUUAAAAAAAUAGCCCCACCCACUGUGUGUCCCCAAGGUGUAGCCACACCUACUAACUGGCACCAAGAGAGACUUCACUGCAGGGGCGAGAAGUGUUUCAGCACUCCUGUGUCUCAUCUCUUUAUCCCUGAGGAUCAGAAGGAGCUGUUGACAGCUGAUCCUGGUGCAUCAACUACUAGUGAAACUCCGAGUGGCUUGGUGCCUUUUAGUGAGGACAAAAUGAUAAACCAUCUGUUUCUAGCACAGGGCCAGGUGAGAGAUUUGCCAUCCAUGGCUUUUGAUAGAUCAGAAAAUGGGGAUCUUCCCACCAUGGCCUACACAAGACCAGUCUCUCAGGAGGUCUGGUGUUGCGAUGGAGGAGGGAAUGAGGAAAGAGUGAGCCCGUGGGAUAUGUUUUGUCCUGCUCCUGAUCUUCUAGGAACCCCAUCUUCCUCUUCAGAGACCAGUGUAGAGCCAAACUCCCAGCACGACAGCCAAUCACUGCUAACUGCACCCCUUCAGGUGCCCAUCGCAGCAAGCACACAAGUACAGACCUCUAGUACGAGCACAGUGGAUGGGUCAGGGGAUAUUAUUCUGCCCCAUCAGAGACCCCACUCAUCGCUACAUAGUUUCACUCUUAUAUGUGACAAGACCACCACAGAUGUAAAUCAGGAGGAGCAGCACAUGUCAACUCCCCCACCAUUGAUGGCAAAGAAGAAAGUCCAGUGUUCCCAAGAAAAAUCUCUUAUAAACUCUAGCCAUAUAAAGACACACCUAGUGUCCACAUCUGCCGAGAGGGGCCAGGUGCAUACAGACAGCAGUGUUUUUUCCUACACAUAUAAACCUUGUCCACAGGUUGUUUCAGCUCUUAGUCACUUCAAGGUCCCAGAGCAGAUGAUGCAGUGGGCAGUGGCUUACAUUGGGACACCCCACCAUUCACUUAUUUUAAAAGGUUAAGCAGAACAGUAUUUUAAUCAUUAUUGUUAACAGAUUUAUGCACACUAUAAUGUAUUGUGUUAUGGUUGCUGUAAUAAAAUGUUCCUUAUUUUAA